AUGAUCCCGUGCCACUGGUGGCUUUUCUGGAUGGCCACCGCCUGGGCCUACACCUUCAACAUCACCUACGCCCCCUGGCCGGAGGUGCUGGACCGCCAGGACGUGGCGUUGCGGCUGGAACGCGAUCUCACCCGCCCGGUGCCGAUAAACCUCCUCUCCCAUAUCGGCAUCAACCUCACCCUGGUGGUGUUUGCCAAAAGCGGCGUGUCGCUGCAGUCGAUGACGGAAGUGCUGAACUUGUUGACGACGGGCGUGCAGGCGUAUACCGUCAAUUUAUACUGGAACGAGUUCAGUGAAAAAUGGCAACUUUGCCCCGUGCCCUACGAUGUCGGUGGUGGAGCCAUCGACAGCCUGUGGGACUGUUCCGUCGACAUCACCGUGAAUGACUUGCUAAUGGAGUUCAGCAACUACUGCCUGAGGACAAAUACCGAGUGGGACUCGACGGUGUUGCGGAUGACGGUGCGGCUCUACGACCUCCCGAAGCGGAACACGCUGUUGCCGGUCGCCACCGACGUCGCUGUGGGCAACAACUCGUUGGCAGCGUCGUUUGCCCCGAUGAAGCAGUGGAUGUACACCCCGCACGACCUCGACAACGUCACCGCCAACGCCUCGCACUACGUCAACGUGCUGACGUUCCCCACCUUCGACACGUUUGUGUUGACGGAUUUGAAGCGGAUGAUAGUGUCCGUCGACCAGGACCACGUCUCCAACAUGACCCACGGCUAUAACUUCACCGACGCCGAUAAGCAGUUGCUUUUCACCUCGCUGAGCACCGCCUCCACCAUUAUAUACAAUGCCAACCCCGAGCUUCUGGAGCAGUGUCGCGAUAUCAAUAACGGAUCGCUUCUGUUCACGCCGGUCAAGGACGCUUUGUACUACAUUACCGACUACGGGAUGACUCCGUUCACCCAGGAAGAAGUCAACAACUACUUGCGGUGUGGCUUUUCCCCGUUAAUAUCAAAUAUCACGCUGGUAUCGGCGAUGGAACAAUUCUACCCGUUUGGUUUCUGGCUGUGGUCAGCGGGUCAGCCAGUACUAUCGGGAGAACGAUUUCUGACUGACCAGGGCAAUAACGAUCCCAUCGAGGCUUACAACUGCGUGGCGUUGUAUGAAGGAGGCUACGCAGUGUCUGACUGCUAUAACCAAUACUAUUACGCAUGCCAGCUGCGGAUCGAUGGGCGACGGUGGCAUGUAAGUCCCAAGGACGACAAGCGGUCAUAUUUUGACGGGUACAAAGAUGACGUGUGUCCCAACGGUUACGAGUUUCUGAUCCCACGGCUGCCUUGGGAUCUCCAAAACCUCAACCAGGUGUUAUUACAACAACAGAUAGACUUCCCCAUCUGGGUCGAUAUGAACGAAAUCACGGUGCCCGACUGUUUCGUUACUGGUGGACCCUACGCCCAGUGUCCUUAUAAACGGGUAUUCACUCGUAAGCAGCUUGUGAAACUGAUUGCCCCAUCGUUCGUUGUGAGUGCGUUUUUGCUUUUGUUGGUGAUUUUGGAAAAGUUUGUUCGGCUUAAUCCAAUUCAAACUAACCGUAAGGCGUACUGGCGACGAGUGAUCAACGAGUUCAACGAAAACCACGACUACGAAGGCGUACCCUCCUAG